AGGAGCGGAGCGGAUAGGCUGCUGCGGAUACCCGGUACCUGCAGCUUGAGUGCGGGCGGGAUGAGAGGCAGGAGUCGGGGGUACUCUGGUUGACUGAACAGGAAGCACGAGCCGUGAUUUGAGUCUGGUGUCCGGUGCGUGCCCACACACACACACACUCACUCACGCGUCUUAAGAACAGCGGGAGAUGCAUUACGUCAUAGCCUCCCGUCGCCCUAGAUGACCGCGUGCGCAGGACGGGAUGAUGCAGGGCUGCUGGACUAGAACGGGAACGGAUUCCUCUGGCCCGGUGGCGGUGUCUCGACUGCACGAGGAAGAAGUGGAGACGCCGUCGCGCGGCCGCUGGCUCUGAUGGCUCCUCGCGCGCCGAGCGGGAAAGAGACACAGCAGUCGCCACGGCGCGAGAGGGAAGGGGACAGCAGGUAUCUGGGAAGUGACGUGGUAUCCGCGCCCCGCGAGAAAGCACCACGGUGCGGUUGUCGUGCAUUUCACAGGAGGGCAGGAGCGGGAAGGGGAACAUGGCCGCGCAGUCGGACGGCGGCAAAGCCGGGAUCGGGUGCAGCGGCGGCGGCUUCGCCCAGCUGUACGAUGUUGAAGCCGAGGAGCCGCUCGACGCUGCAGCGAUACACAUCUGUAUGUGCUGCCGCUCCUCCGCUUGCUACUGGGGCUGCCGCUCAGCAUGCCUCGGCUCUCUGCUCGGCGGGGGCCAGACUCCCGGAGGGGUCGGCAUUAGGGAGACUCACUGCCCGCCCCGGGAGCAGCUGUGGCUGGACUGCCUCUGGAUCAUCCUUGCCCUCCUCGUCUUCUUCUGGGACGUUGGCACGGACCUGUGCCUCGCAAUGGACUACUACCAGAGGCAGGACUACCUCUGGUUCGGCCUCACUCUCUUCUUCGUGCUGGUGCCGUCUGUGCUGGUGCAGAUACUGAGUUUCCGCUGGUUCGUGCAGGACUACACCGGCGGGGGGCUCGGGGAGGUGGAGGGGCUGACCAAGCGGGGCGCGGUGGCUCUGGGGUGCCUUUAUCCCGGAAAGGAUCGCCUGCAGCUGGCCACCAUCUGGCUGUGGCAGGCAACCAUACACAUCCUCCAGCUGGGACAAGUGUGGAGGUACAUCAGGACGCUGUACCUGGGCAUCAUGUCGCGGCGGCAGAAGGAGCACCAGCGGCGCUGGUACUGGGCCAUGAUGUUCGAGUACGCAGACGUCAACAUGCUGCGGCUGCUGGAGACUUUCCUGGAGUCUGCGCCGCAGCUGGUCCUGCAGCUCUGCAUCAUGAUCCAGGAGAACCGAGCCGAGACGCUGCAGUGCAUCUCCUCCCUGGGCUCCCUCCUGUCUCUCGCCUGGGUUCUGGCCUCCUACCACAAACUCCUGCGAGAUUCUCGUGACGACCAGCGCAGCAUGAGCUACCGCGGCGCGCUGCUGCACCUCUUCUGGCGCCUCUUCACCAUCUCGUCCCGCGUGCUCUCGCUUGCCCUCUUCGCCUCCCUCUUCCACAUCUACUUCGGCAUCUUUGUGGUGGUCCACUGGUGCGCAAUGGCCUUCUGGGUGGUGCACGGAGGCACCGACUUCUGUAUGUCCAAGUGGGAGGAGGUGCUCUUCAACAUGGUGGUCGGCAUCGUCUACAUCUUCUGCUGGUUUAACGUGAAGGAGGGCCGGACUCGGUACAGAAUGGUGACGUACUACAUCGUGGUGUUGGCCGAGAACACCAUCCUCACUGGGCUGUGGUACGCCUACAGGGACCCAGUGUUGACCGACUCCUACGCCGUCCCGGCGCUGUGCGGUGUCUACCUGACCUUCGCCGGCGGCGUCCUGGUCAUGCUGCUGUACUACGGCUUCCUGCACCCGGCCACCGCCCACCUCCAGCCAAGCCCCGCCUCUUCCUGCUGCGCCCAGCUGCUCUGGGGGCUCCCCCUGCCCCCGUCAGCCCCGCCCACCGCCCCGCCCACCCCGGCCCACAUGAGCAAGUCACAGACGGACGAGGAGGUGGCCGAGUCGUGUCUUCCCGUCUUCCAGGUGAGGUCGGCGCCCAUCACCUCCAAGCCCGAAGGCCCGCUUAUAAAGAUCGACAUGCCCAGGAAGCGUUACCCAGCAUGGGACGCCCACUACGUAGACAGGCGCCUGCGGAGGACUAUAAACAUCCUGCAGUACAUAACGCCGGCCGCUGUGGGCAUCCGCUACCGUGACGGACCUCUGCUGUAUGAACUGUUGCAGUACGAGUCCUCACUCUGACACACUCGCCAACACACAAACAUAAAAAGACGUGUAUGUUCAGAUUUAGAGACACAUUCUCACUCGCACAACGUCACACUUGAUGUAAGCACACUGACACAAAAGCACACUUUUAUGCACACACACACACACACUCACACACACACACUCACACACACACACACACAAACACAUUCCUUGCGGGCAACCUGCGAGUCCCAUGGCCAUGACUCAACAAGCUGCUUCAUCAAACCUCUCUCUCCGUCUCUAUUUCCAAGUCCUCUGAUCACUGUUCAUCUGUUCUCAUUGAUUUCAAACGACGCGCUCGCUCUCCGCUGUGAUGAAAAAAUGUAAAAGAUGAGCGCACUGGAGUCUUUGACCACCGCAUGCCGUUCACGUUGCGUCGCUCACACUUUCGCGGGUUUCAGUAGAAUAAAAAGAGUCAAAGAAAGAACAAACGUCACUUUUAAUAAAGGACUUUGUGCACAUGUUGUUCGUCUAGUCAAAAGGUAGUGUAUAUAUUUUAUAUGUGCAGAAGCGAUGUUUUGUAUGUUGCUGUCGUCUGGGGACAAAGCAGUUGGACACAUCGGUUUGUGGGGCUGGUUGACAAGGUUACCAGGGAGAGCAUGAUGGGAAAGAUGGAGACAGAGAGGGUAUCGGCAUCUAAACUAAACUAAAGAAUAGUUUGACACUUUGGGAAACUCAUUAGGGUUAGGGAGCAGGGAGUCGAAUAGUCGUACUUCCCCAAAUGUCAAACUAUUCCUUUAAGAAUGAUAACACUGAAGCGUGCACUUUGUAAUGACGGUGUAUUGGAAGAAUUAGUGUUAUAAUUAGUCUCCUGCCUCAACAGGAAAGUACAUUGGCUUCGAUAAUAGAGAUAUUACCUGAUAUACAGUGUUAAACAUACAAAUCUACAGGCCAUAUGCUAAUUGCCAAGAGGCACUCAACACCCUAAAGUGUUAGCACGGAGCUAGAGCUAAAGAUCUAUUGAGGACAGAUGGAUGAUUGUAAUGCUACAUGUACGCUAGUCAAAGUGCAAAUCUCUUUCCAAUCACAAUCCAGAGCAAGACUAAUUCUUUUUGAUGUCUAUAUUUUUCCGCGUGUGUUGUCUUAAUCGGGUUUGUCCCGCGCGAACAGCCAGUGAAGCUGAUAUAAAACAGUUUGGGGCUUUAGUCAUCACAUCUUUCAAUGACUUGCCUCCUCCUGUAACAAGUCCAAGAUCUACACCUCCAAAGCCACCCACGGCUGAGCUGUGAUGCACGGCUCAUUAGUUAGUAUUUGGUUUGUUUAUCCCUGUAAUCCAAGCUGUUACAUUGGCAGGCGACAACAAAUGAGCCGAGAUAUCAGUCAUCGGCUCGUCUGUUUGUACGCUAACACCACGUGGCGGCGAGUAGAGUGGAAGGUGGUGACAGGGGUUUUUAUCUCACACGGCACAACUUCUCUCCAGUCUUAAUGUCAGCGGCGAAACCCAGAGAGUUCAGAUGGUGCGCUUACAAAAGAUGAACACACACAUGCUUCUUAUUAUAGCUGCUGUCCAAGAGGGUGAAGCAGGCGGAAGAGAAGAU